AUGGCGUCGCGCCCGUCCCACAGCGUCAGGAGCCCCGCCCGCUCCCCCGGGCACGUCGUCGCCAGCGCGAAGGCCCCCGGAGGAUCGUCCACGACCCGCGUCGCGCUGAAGGCUGAGGAGCUCACCGUCGAGGCUUUCGCGCCCUUCGGGCAGGUAUGCAAAGCCGAGGAGGACGGCGUGGAGUUCGGCCCGGCAGACGCACAGCUGGACCUGUCGCAGGGCACCCCGAGGUUCUACGUCAUGAGGCUCAGGGACAAGGACCUCUCGUUCGAUCGGAUAACGUACCACGAGAAGGUGACCCAAUGCCUCGGGGCGCUCGGAGAUAAAGACUGGUACAUGGCGGUGGGGGAACCGACGAUGGACGUCGCGAAGUACCCCAAGCACGACAGCACCGAUAGAGCGCUCAGGGUGUUCAGGGUUCCGCCCGGGCAUUUUCUGAAGAUGCACGCGGGGUGCUGGCACGCCGGGCCGCUGUUCGAGUCCCACGUCGAGUUCAUGGACUUUUACAACCUCGAGCUCGCCGACACCAACGUCGUGGACCACAACACGCACGUGUUCUCGGAGGUGGACGACAUCGUGUACGAAGUGAUGGACUGA